AUGGCUGUUCUUUAUGUUAUCAAAAAAGAUAUCAACCCUUACAGACGCCCAGACCGCACUGUGGCUCCUCCCACCAGCCCUUACAGACGCCCAGACCGCACUGUGGCUCCUCCCACCAGCCCUUACAGACGCCCAGACCGCACUGUGGCUCCUCCCACCAGCCCUUACAGACGCCCAGACCGCACUGUGGCUCCUCCCACCAGCCCUUACAGACGCCCAGACCGCACUGUGGCUCCUCCCACCAGCCCUUACAGACGCCCAGACCGCACUGUGGCUCCUCCCACCAGCCCUUACAGACGCCCAGACCGCACUGUGGCUCCUCCCACCAGCCCUUACAGACGCCCAGACCGCACUGUGGCUCCUCCCACCAGCCCUUACAGACGCCCAGACCGCACUGUGGCUCCUCCCACCAGCCCUUACAGACGCCCAGACCGCACUGUGGCUCCUCCCACCAGCCCUUACAGACGCCCAGACCGCACUGUGGCUCCUCCCACCAGCCCUUACAGACGCCCAGACCGCACUGUGGCUCCUCCCACCAGCCCUUACAGACGCCCAGACCGCACUGUGGCUCCUCCCACCAGCCCUUACAGACGCCCAGACCGCACUGUGGCUCCUCCCACCAGCCCUUACAGACGCCCAGACCGCACUGUGGCUCCUCCCACCAGCCCUUACAGACGCCCAGACCGCACUGUGGCUCCUCCCACCAGCCCUUACAGACGCCCAGACCGCACUGUGGCUCCUCCCACCAGCCCUUACAGACGCCCAGACCGCACUGUGGCUCCUCCCACCAGCCCUUACAGACGCCCAGACCGCACUGUGGCUCCUCCCACCAGCCCUUACAGACGCCCAGACCGCACUGUGGCUCCUCCCACCAGCCCUUACAGACGCCCAGACCGCACUGUGGCUCCUCCCACCAGCACGAGGUAA